AGCCCGCGAGCAGUGUGGCAGUUCCGCAACAUGAUCAAGUGUAAGAUCCCCGGCAGUGACCCCUUGAUGGAUUACAACAACUACGGCUGCUACUGUGGCCUGGGUGGAUCGGGCACGCCUGUGGAUGACCUAGACAAGUGCUGCCAGACACAUGACCACUGCUACUCCCAAGCCAAGAAACUGGACAGCUGUAGAUUCCUCCUGGACAACCCCUACACCAAAACCUACUCAUACUCAUGCUCUGGCUCUGAGAUCAUCUGCAGCGACAAAAACAAACCCUGCGAGGCCUUCAUCUGCAACUGCGACCGCAAUGCUGCCAUGUGCUUUUCAAAGGCCCCGUAUAACAGCGAACACAAGAACCUGGACACCAAGAAAUACUGUGACCAAGAAAUACUGUGACAAUUGAGGGUGGCUUCUGGAGAGCAUCAUCUCAACCCGCCUCAUGCCCUUCACCUUACCCUGUGUCCUCCAAUAAAGCACUUUGUUGAAAGGC